AUGCUGCAACUGGAGUGAGAGCGUCGGGAAUCUUAGAGAUAGGUAAACAAGUUUAAAAUUUCUGAUAGAAAUGGCAGCAUUAUACAGCGUUUCAGAUGUAUAGUAUUUACAGGAACGCAUGAAAAAUCUCGAUGCACUAACAUGCGCCAACUAAGGCCAGUUUUAGAAACUCGAAAUGGCCGUUGUGCUAGCUAGCGAUCACUAGCUAGCCCCAGCGAGGUUGAGGGGGAGCUUAAAAUAAACUUACACGAAUAAAUAGAUUAUCAUCAAUUUUUCUUUAAACUAUAGGGGUCCAGCAUAAAGUUAUUAGUCAGUUUUUCGCAUCCAUGAAUCGAGCAUUUCGAUUGUAUUACAGCUAACGAGUUGCUCUAUUUUAUUUGCUAGCGUCAACUGGCUCGAUAAGUAAACUGAAUUGGACGUAUACUAUUUAUGUAAAAUAUUUUCGUCUUAAAACGAUGAGUUUUAACAGGCUGAUAAACAUUACUUACUUCCCGUCACUUCAGAACUCUAAAACGUCAGUGAUUCGGUGUGUUUAUAUGUCCGAUAGGUAUUUUUCAGUUUUGUUUAGCUCUGAAAAUCGUUGGCACGGCUGACAGUGAAUAUGAAUACUCGUUUACAGUGUUCCAUAUAAACUUAUCGUAAUCGUCUGGGAUCGUACAUUUAUUUCGUUUAAACAGAAAACACUUUGAAAUGAGAGCAUUCAUCCGUAAGGAUCAGUAUCUUUCCGUCCGGAUCUAGGGGAUCGAGGGGCCGCCUGGACGAUCGGGUCAUGCGCGCUCUCAGUAAUGCUAAUGGAAGCCCUGGGUGAUAUUGGAAAAUCACAAAAUUGUGAAAUAAAAACUAAUCAAGGCCUAUGUCUCUCAAGCUCCUCAAUUAGGAAAUGAAACCUAGACAGGUGGCUGCUGGUGUAGACCUGGUGUCCAUGUGCGCGAGGACACCUUGCAAGAUAAGGUCAUGGUGCAGAUACUUUAGUUCAGUGCAGUCGUGAAGGUGUACUACUCUGGUCAGAAGUCCAUAUUUGUAGCUUUUUGUUUACUCUGCUGCCGUGCCAGCUUCCUCUCCACACGCCUAAAUGGGGGACAUGAAGACUCCAGAUUUUGAUGACCUGCUGGCAGCGUUUGACAUUCCAGAUAUCGAUGCAAAAGAAGCCAUCCAGUCUGCCCCUGAGGAAAUGGAAGGACACCAGGUCCUUGGGAAGGCGGAGGGCACUGGCGCCCCCCCUCUGAGACCCCCAAGCCCCCUGGAUCCCCAGGGUCUCCCUCCUCCCGGCCAGGGUGACACCUCUAUUGUCAGUGUCAUCGUGAAGAACCGAGUGCGCCCUGACAGCAGCGGAGGGGCAGAGCUGGAGCACAGCAAGGAGAGCCUGGCUAACAGCCCUGGGGCUGCGGCCAGCGGAGCGGCUGGGGCUGGGGGCAGGACUGAGGCUGGCGGGGUCCUCAUGGGCUCCCGGCUGGGCCCCAGAAUGCCAGGCUUGGUACUGUCUCAGCCUCCCAGCCACAACAGCUUUGGAACCACAGCCAUGUCGCAGAGUCAGUCCAAUGGGGAAAUCUGGCCCCCGUGCUCCCCAAAAACAGCCUCCGAGGGCGGGGCCUUGGGUGUGCGGACAGCCAGGCGAGACAGCAAUGUUUUGGACAGGCCAAAACCCCUGAUGAGUCCGGGAGAUCCCUUAGGAAAAGGGAGUAAAAUAGGGCUUUUACAGCAGGAGUCCAGCCCCCUGGGAGCAGAUCCAGGCAAAGCCCCUGGCUCCUUUGCCCCCUCCCCCUUUGCUGGUUCUGCCCCCCAAAUGUCGGGAGUGUCCCCGGGACUGUCGUCCUCUUUCUUUACUCCUUCAAAGCCGAUGCCCCCAGCCACCUCCAGUCCAUCUUCUCUCCCUGCUAGUCUUCACCUCUCUCACCCUGCGAUGUACCCUUCACCUCCGCUGCGCGCUUCUCAGGGCCUUAAUGGCACACAGCAGUCUGCCUCUGCGGUUUUUCGUCGCUUGGAGUCGGAUGAGGAGGACUCGGAGCCAGACUUUGGGAGUCCCUUGGUGAUUCAGGAAAGCGUCGAAUCCCCAGUAUGUUCUCCACCCAAACUGUCUCAUUAUCAUCGGUCUCCUCCUAAGGUCCUCCUUUCCACUUCUCCCCGUCUAGUUCCACUGGCGCCUGCUUCAAACAAAGUCGGUGUUCUGCCAGGCCCUGGGUCGCCGUCCCCUCCUUCUUUUCCUCCAGCUCCCUCUUUUCCUCCAGCUCCCUCUUUACCUGCAGCCAGUAGUCCUGGGCAGGAAGACAGGAAUCCUGAACAUGUCAAAGAGGAGCGGGAUUCUCCCGAAAGCCCUGAGCCAGAAACCCCCAGCAGUGCAGCUCCCACAUGCUCUCAGCCAGCCGCUCCGACUCUCAAAGGUGACUCUGGCCCAGGUUCAUCUUCGGAAGCUAAGAACAGGGACAGAGAAUUGCUCGGUAUCAAAAAGGAGGACGACGGGGAGCUCGAGGAAGGCAAAGCGGACGGAUCAGCUGAGGACAAGACCUGCGUAGGAGAUCUUGGAGGUGAGGGCACCAAAAAGGAGGUGGUUAAAAUGGAGGUGCAGGAUCAGGAGGAGGUCACUGCUGUCCUGGGUAGACCCUCGUCGGAAGGGAGCACUCUCCUUUCCCGGCCCCUGAAAGUGCGCAUCAAGACCAUAAAGACUUCCAGCGGCGGCAUCACCAGGACCGUCACCCGAGUGGCAGCCAAAGGUGCCCCGCAGUCCAGCAGAGGCCAGGCAGGGGGUCGGGCAGUGGCCACCAGGCAGAGGAAAGCCGACGUAGACGCCUCCCAACCGAUAGCAGCAAAGAGCUCCCUGCUGCCGGUGUCCACCCUGCAGGAUGCCAGUAGCGCCAUGCUCGUGGCAGCUAGCAAGGCUCAGACCAAGCUGGCAACCGCCGCAUCCGAGAGGGCCAAGGCGUCUGGGGCAAAGGCCACCAUUCCCUGUACGUCUGGCACAGCCACCCCCUCCAAAUUCACCAUGGGCAUCGGUGGGGUCGCGGUCCGCCCCACGGCGCAGAAGGCUGUCAACGGCGCUGCCGCUCCAGCUGGUGGCCAGCAGAUGUCCAAGCCGGCCUCCAUCGUGAGUGGCACUGGCACUGUUAUCUCGCGCAGCCAGUCAAGCUUGGUGGAAGCUUUUAACAAGAUCCUGAACAGCAAGAAUCUGCUGCCCAGCUACCGGCCGGACCUGUCCUCCCCCCCGCCUGCCGAGUGGAGCCUCCCACUGCCCUCCAGCGGCUACCGCUGCCUGGAAUGCGGCGAUGCCUUUGCCCUCGAGCGCAGCCUGGCACGCCACUACGACCGGCGCUCCUUACGCAUUGAGGUCACCUGCAACCAUUGCGCCAAGCGGCUGGCCUUCUUCAACAAGUGCAGCUUGCUGCUGCAUGCACGUGAGCACAAAGAGAGCGGUCUGGUCAUGCAGUGCUCCCACCUGCUAAUGAGGCCCAUCCCCAUCGAGCAGAUGGUGGGCCAGCAGGACACCACGCCCAUUGGUGUCCUCUCUCCGGUGACCCCAUCGACGGCCGGGGCUGCUGGCCCCAUCGUCCCCAGCACAUUGAAGGAGGGGCCUGCCACCCAGCCCAAUCCUCCCCGGCGGGCCCCCGAGGGCCCCCUGGCCUCCCUGCCGUUGCCCUGCCCCAAGGUGGAACCCCUGCAGUAUCACGGCUUUAAGUGUCCCGAGUGCCAUAGCCAAUUCGCCGGAGCUACGGAGCUCGCUGCCCAUUUCCAGGAGGUCAAGGCGGAGUCCAGCAGCACAUGCACGCUGUGCUCCCCAGCCAUGAUGCUGCCCAACGGCUGCAGCGCCGCCGCCCACCAGCGCAUCCACAAGCACCGCGCACCACACGUCUGCCCCGAGUGCGGGGGCUCCGCCCGCCAGGCCAGCUUCCAGACCCACCUGGACGAGGCCUGCAUGCACUUUGCCCGCCGCAUCGGCUACAGGUGUUCCAGCUGCCUCAUUGUGUUUGGGGGCCUGAACUCCAUCAAGACACACAUCCAGGUGGCCCACUGCGAGGUCUUCCACAAGUGUCCCAACUGCCCCAUGGCCUUCAAGUCCUCCGCUGGGGCUGGUAGCCAUAUUAGUUCCCAGCACCCUUCGCUGGGCAGCGUGCAGGCCAAGAUGAUCUACAAGUGUGUGAUGUGUGACACCGUUUUUACCCAGAAGCCUCUGCUCUACGUGCAUUUUGACACACAUCUGGCUAAGCAGAAAGUGCACGUCUUCAAGUGCCCUGAUUGUACCAAACUUUACGCUCAGAAAAGUUCCAUGAUGGAGCACAUAAAGACAACCCACAGAGGCUUGUCCGUGAAACAGGAGGCCCCAGCCUCCUCUGUGCCCCCCGCCACCAAUCCUGAGAGCUCUGACGGAGAGGACUGGGCUGGGGACCCAGAAGACGGCGAGGAGGAUGGGGAGGCAGGGGAGCAGGGCCCUGAUGAGGCCCCCAGCUCUCCGGAAGCAGGUCUGGGGCCCUCAGCUCAGAGUGCGUCUUUGGAGUGGACGUGCACACAGUGUGGAGCGCACUGUGCAGAGCGGGAGGACUACGUGAGCCACAUGCGGAAGGAGCACGGCAAGGCCAUGAAGAAGUUCCCAUGUCGCAUGUGCGAGCGCUCCUUCUGCUCUGCCCCCAGCCUGCGACGCCACGUGCGAGUCAACCAUGAGGGCAUCAAAAGGGUCUUCCACUGCCAGUACUGCACUGAGGGCAAGCGGACCUUCAGCAGCCGGGUCAUUCUGGAGAACCACAUCCGGGUCCGGCAUGGUGUCAGGAGCAGGAAUGAACAGAGACCGGAACUAUCCCGAAAGCGCCUGGCCCCUGGUGCCCCUACAGCGGAGGCCAAUGGCAAUUCCUCUGAGCAGGAGGCUGAGCUAACCCGGAUGGGAGAGGAGACAGAAGCAUCGCGGAGCGCAGGCGGCGGUGAGGAGGACAGCGGGGAGGACAGCAGGCCAGUGAAGCGGCCCCGGGGCUCCGAGGAGGUCCCCAGCGAUGGGCGCUUCCAUUGUGUGCCGUGUGGCUUCUCUACAGAGGACCAGCACGAGUUUCAGCAGCACAUCCCACAGCACCGCACCGAAGCUGGGGCCCAAUGCUCCCAGUGUGGCGCCUGCUUCGCCUCAGCCAGCUCAUUGAGCCGGCACUGCUUCAUCAGUCACCGUGUGCGCACUGCCCCUGGGCCCGGUGACCGCAGCCCGUCCCCCUCGGGGCAGGAUGAGGACAGCGAGGGCAGCCUUGGCUGCAAAGUGUGUGGCCGGCACUUUGAUAAGGCUUCGGACCUGACCACGCACUUCCGCACACAUGGCAUGGCAUUCAUCGCCGCUCACAAGACUGACAAACUGGUAUAGGGGCACAAGGAGGUGCUGUCAGACCGCUUGGUACUGGUGGUGUGAGAGUGCACUACAUGUGCGUUCAUCUCCAUCUCAGGUCAUUUGGUAUUGUCAGUGAUACUGCCUUGGGAAUCCUGUCCAUGCAGAUGGACACCUCUGCGCUGAAGUUGAGUUUGUGAAGAAGUGAGCUCUGCGCCAUGGUCUCCCUACUGUAUAUCAGAAGUGAGCUCUGCACCGUGGUUUUCCUGCUCUAUAUCUGA